AAAUAAAAUCUUUAAAAAAAAGAAGUCAUUCUUUCUAGGUAUUUGCAAUUUCAAACAGUGCAACAAAGUAAAACCUUGUAUGUGCAUCAUUCUGCUUGUGUGCAGAUAUGUCAAAAAAGUGGAAUUGGUGGCUUAGAGGGCACAUGCCUUUGUAACCUUAGUAGACGUAGCGCAAGUUUCAUGAUUAGGUGUUAGACCAUGUUCCAUAUCCGAUGCACGAAAAUAAUCUCACCUACAAGGAGUGUUCUUAGAUCUUCGGGGUUUUGCCUCAGGUGGCAGAACUGUAAGGUUUUACACUUUUGUCAGAAGAGAUCUGCAUGCUAGAAAGAUCCCUGGCUGCUGGAUGGAGAAAGGAAUGAGAUCGAGUGUAGAAGAGACUGGCAAGGGGGUCAUGGCUGUACCAGUGUGUGGGCUGUGGCACGGAGCGAAGUGGACACACAGGGGGCUGGUCCAGGGCCCACCCGACGAGGGGUGUGGAAGGUUGUGGCUCCCGUGGCUAAGGAGAUGGUAGGACCAAGGCAUAUGGCUUCCGUCUCGGGGCUGGCACACAGGUCUCUGCAGCCGGGCAGGUGCACGUUGGCCAGCUGGGAAGGCUGUGGCCACCAGUGGGAGGAAGGGAAGGAGGCCCAGUGGUCAGCCCGCUGCUGCCCAUCCUCUGUCCACAGGCAGAAGCUGCAUGAAGCAGAUCUGGAGCUGCAGCGGAAGCGGGAGUACAUUGAGGAGCUGGAACCGCCCGCUGACAGUGGCACAGCUCGGCGUAUCGAGGAGCUGCAGCACAGCCUGCAGAAGAAGGAUGCGGACUUGCGGGCCAUGGAGGAGCGCUACCGUCGCUACGUGGACAAGGCGCGCACGGUCAUACAGACCCUGGAACCCAAACAACGGCCAUCCGGGGGGGCACCCCCAGAACUUCACACCCUGAGGACACAGCUCUGGGAGCGGGACGUCCGCAUCCGGCACCUGGAGAUGGACUUUGAGAAGAGUCGAAGUCAGAGGGAGCAGGAAGAAAAGCUGCUCAUCAGUGCCUGGUAUAAUAUGGGCAUGGCUCUGCAGCAGCGAGCUGGGGAGGAGCGGGCACCUGCCCAUGCCCAGUCAUUCCUGGCACAGCAGCGGCUGGCCACCAACACUCGCCGCGGGCCUCUGGGACGCCUAGCAUCUCUGAACAUGCGCCCCACCGACAAGCACUGAUGGGCCUCAGGAUCCUGCCCCCUGCCCAGCCAGUUGGGGCUCAGUCUGCCCUGGAUUCCCCCAACUCACCUGGGGCCCAGCAUCAGGAAGGCCUAGGGUCAGCUGCCUGAGAGCCUUAAGGUCAUGACUUCUGCCCUUUGUUCUCUCAGAUGGGACAAGAGUGCAGGAUAGGGCAGGAGGCAGGAGUGGGUCUGUUCUUUUUAGCAAUGUGAUUCUUAUCCUUGAUUUCCAGCCUGGGGUUAAUGAGAUGCCAGGGGAGAGAGUGAUUUUUAUAUUUGAGAAGAAAAAUAAUAAAGAUUUUCAAUCUGUCCUGGCUGGACUCUAGGCACUGAGGGGAGGGAGAGAAGAUGGGCCAGAUCAUUGCUUUUAGAAAGGCCUGGCUUGUGUUCUUACUAAAGCGUGAAUGACUGACGGCACCCACUGGGAGGUGAGAACCAUGUUUGUGUCUGUGUAACAGUAUGUGCGUGAGGUCGUUUUUUGAAGAGGCUUCAGACAAAAAUUCCUGCCUUAUGAAGUUGUCGUUUCUCAUGAAGAGAGACAGACAAUAAACAAAAUAGAUAAA